UUUGUUGGGACUUGAAGAAGAGUAAGAGUAGUACUCAAAUGAAAAUGAUUCACGAAAGGAUGGUUCAAGUUUAUUUAAGUUGGCCAAUAAUUCUGUGACUGCUUUUACUGAAAACACUGGAGCGAUUUUAAAUGCCGAGAGUGUUUUCAGCUGUCACUUCCUCGAACUGCGCCACUUCGAAUCAUAGUGACUUGUAAACAAAGAACAGCUGAUUUGUACUAAGAUUUGUACCUAGAGACCCAUCAACCAACUUGCUGUGCAGACGUAGUGAUUCCGUGGCGAAAUUCAGUUCAUGCUGCAUUUCCGUAUCUUCUUAGUUCCACAGCACCCUAAUUGAGAGAUGGUGUGUCAAUGGAGAAAAGAAGCUGAAUUGGUGAAAAAUGAAUGCGCGAUCACAAACUUUUGAGCUUACUGUGGAAGGUCGUCAAGUUGAUGAAGCCGUGGCCAGUAUAUUCCAUACUGUUCUAUUUCAUCGAUCUUUAGGGAAGUUCCGUUACAAGCAAGAAGGUAGCUAUUCAGUUGGAACUGUUGGUUAUGAAGAUGUUGACUGUGAUUUCAUCGACUUUACUUACGUGUGUUGCUCAUCUGAGAACCUAGACCAGACAUUGAAAAGGGAAAUAUCUGGUUUCUCAGAAGCACUACGCUGUAAUGAUGGCCCAGGUUCUGGGCAAAUUUCAUUGGAAUUCUUCCAGAAGAAAAAAAAUCGUUGGCCUUUCCAACCAGAAUGCAUUCCCUGGGAGGUGUGGAAUGUUCGUCUGGAGCUUAUCAAGCUAACAACUGAGCAUGAGAGGCAGGUAUGCCGAGAAAAAGUUGGUGAUAUGCUCACCGAUAAAAUUCUGUACAUAGCUGAGAUAAUGAAUAGGCAUGAGUAUGUGCCAAAGAUGCCCAACCAGUCAGAAUUGGAUCUUAUCUUUGACACAACUUAUCCAGAUGUCCAACCGUACCUGUUUAAGCUCUCCUUUACCACAUCAGGGCCUACAAAUAAUUCUGUAGGCAUGACUAUGAAGAAACUUUUUAAGGAGACAUUGUCGCUGUGAGAAAACGAAUGAGUGAUGUUUUUCACAAAACUGAGAAUUGCUCAAAUACUAAGUGACUUGAGCUCUGGCAUUGCUACCUGUGAUAUUGUUUAUCUCUAACAUGGCCCAAAUUAAAAUUGACUCCUGGAGUAAUGCUCUGAAAUAAAAUUUCCAAGACCAAUCCAUCACAUGGAAACAAUGGUACCAAUUCUGGAUUUUGGUGUUUGCAUGCUUUGUUUAGGAAAAUAGUUUGAGUCAAAUGGCUGAUCUGACCACAAAAUGUCAAUGAAAAUCAUGUAUGCUCUCAGUUUUAUGUGCUAGGCAUCACUCACUUAAUAGAUGUAAAUAGUAAAUAGUGUUUUCUUCCACAAAUGAUGAGAUGUUGGGUAAAUGGAAGUUGAAUGUGUGGACAAUCUAACUUGAAAUUUCUCUCUUCACCAUCUGUUCGGUGAACGGCGUUUUGAAUUGGCUUCAUUGGUAUGUGUUGAAAUCCAAACUUACUUUUCAAAUGUUGUGGAUAUACAUAGAUGCAUGUAGUAAACUUUUUUUGCAACUGAAGUCUUCAAAAACUUUUCUGUGUUUCAUUUCUUCUAAUUAUGUUUGCUUUCUUAUGCUGCUGUAGAACCUUGUGUUGACAUUGCAUUGUAUUUCUUCUUAAAUUUUUCCUUUGUUAUUAUAACAUUUUACAUUGUUUUACUUGUUAAUCUCCAAGGCCAAAUUUUUGACACUCAGAAUUUCUGACUCAAA